AUUUCCAAACACGUUGGUGGUGACGUUUGGCGUACUGAUAGAUGUUCUAGAUGAGGAGCAAACGGCCGGGCAUAUUGAUGACUACAGUGAAGCUUACAGGAAGGCAGCGGAACCUUUUCGGCACAUGUACUUUCCUGACAACUUUUCAGAGAUGAAGGGCUCAUAUUUUCCGAGCAUGGUUAACAGAACAGAGGACUACACCUUUGAAGCAAGCCAACGUCUCCGACAGUGGCUGCAAGAGAUGAGAGCGGCUGGUAAGAUAACGUUCCUGCUCACCAGCUCUCAUAUCGACUAUGGUUCUAUGCUGCUGAAGAGAAUCCUGGGGAAAGACUGGAAGCUCUACUUUGACGUCAGUUUCUUUCGCGCGAGAAAGCCAUUGUUCUUCACCGACGAGGAUACCGCGUUCCACAGUAUCACCGAUGAAUUAAAGGAAGGUCCCAGCGUGGACAGUCUAAAAAUGCACGGUUGCUACCUGAAUGGAAACUGGAAUCUGUUUAGGUCUUUUCUUAAGCAUGAGUCAGGGAUGGCUGAUCCCAAGGUGUUGUACUUUGGCGACAGUCUCCCGUCAGACAUCGUCGCUUCAAGGCAGUUCUCCGACUGGACGACUGUGGCCAUCGUUGAGGAGCUCGAGACUGAGGAGCUAGACACAAUUGAGAGGCACAUAUCUCAGGAGGACAGGAACCUUCUUUCUUCCAAGCAAUGGGGCUCCUUUUUUUAUGACAACUGUCCAAUCAGCGGCCAAGUAACAAACACGUUCUGGCAUCAGGUUCUACGAGACAAUACUCCUCUGGUCAUUCCUCAUAUGGAUACACUAACAGCACUACCCUUAGACAGAGCGUACAAUAGCUGCAUAUUCUUUCCAAAACCAGCCUUCAAGGAUCUCCCCUGAUGGCAAGCUGAGACAACGUAUGUAGAUAGCAGCCAAUUAGAGGCAGACACACGAUGGACGUAAAACACGCGACGAAUUACUGUAGCCAGGGCCGUACGCAGCAGGGGGGCAGCAGGGGCAGUUGCCCCCCCCCCUAGAGAUUUUCAGAGUAUGCUUUUUAA